UAGAAAAACCAUUGACCAGGUCACGUGGCUCAAGCCAGGCGAGAGGGGGGGAAGGCAGAGACUUCCACGUGACUGCCAUUGGCCACGCCCCUUACCAAUCGCAUUCACUCGUACGAACCAAUGGUUGGAGGGGCCCUCCCACUCGAAGAGCAUGUGACCCCGCCCCUAACCUUUCUCUCAGCAUUCCUCUUUGCUGCCUCCUCCCUGUUGGAAGUACGCUAUUCCUUCUGCUUUGUCAGACCUUUUCUUCCCUGCUCUGCCAUACUCCCCGCUGCGGUCACCUCCACCUCUGACUCUUACCUAUAACCUUUGCUACUCCUUCCUCCUCUCCUUGAAAUUCGUGCCUUCUUCCUUUCCAAAUCUUCUACCAUGAAGCUGACUGACGAGUCCCUGAGGAGUUUCCGGGUAGCCAAGGUAUUCCAGGAGAACUCAGACAAGAUCAAUUGCUUUGACUUUAGCCCCAAUGGCCAGGCAAUCAUCUCUAGCAGUGAUGAUGACUCCAUUGUCCUAUAUGACUGUGGAGAGGGCCGACCCAAGAGAACUCUGUACAGCAAGAAGUAUGGAGUAGAUCUUGUCAGAUACACUCAUGCCAUUGAUACUGCUUUGUGCAGCUCCAACAAAAUAGAUGACACUAUCCGUUACCUGUCACUGAAAUACAAUAAAUACAUCCGAUACUUUCCUGGGCAUGACAAGAAGGUAGUAGCCUUGUCUAUGUCACCAGCCGAUGAGACAUUUAUCUCGGCAUCUCUGGAUAAAACCAUCCGACUUUGGGAUCUCCGAGUCCCUAACUGCCAGGGCCUAAUGUAUCUUCAGGGAAAACCAGUUUGUGCUUUUGACCCAGAAGGAAUCAUUUUUGCCGCUGGGGUAAAUUCUGAAAUUGUGAAACUGUACGAUCUUCGAGCUUUUGAUAAGGGGCCAUUUGCAAACUUCGAGAUACAACAAGACAAGACCUGUGAGUGGACAGGUUUAAAGUUCAGCAAUGAUGGCAAACGCAUUCUCAUAUCUACCAAUGGCAGCUUUAUCCAUUUGAUUGAUUCGUUUAGGGGAGUAGUGAUACAUUCCUUCAGAGGAUAUAACAACAGCAAAGCUGUGGCUUUGGAGUCCUCUUUCACUCCAGAUUCUCAGUUUAUCAUGACUGGCUCUGACAAUGGCAAGAUUCAUGUUUGGAAUGGAGAAAGUGGAGUAAAGGUGGCCGUGUUAAAUGGGAAACAUACUGGCCCCAUAACCUGUUUGCAAUUCAACCCCAAAUUCAUGACCUUUGCCAGUACCUGUUCCAACAUGGUGUUCUGGCUACCCACCAUUGAUGACUCAUAAUGACUCUAGGGAUUAGUGAUACCUGCAUUUUGAAAGGGAACAAUGAAAAGAGGAAAAGGACUGAUUUUAUAGAGAUUGUAUUGCCUGGCCUAAAACAGAGUCUUUUCCACACAGACUUUUUCAUGGACAUCUCUAUCUUUUUAUUUUUAUUUUUAAUUUCUUUGCUGCAUUCCUUCAAAAGAACUAUUGGCACUGCAGACCUAAAAUAAGACCUAGGUUUUCUAGCUGUGGACUCAUCAAGCUUCCCCUUUAGUGGUGAACUGUUUCAAACUCAUCAGUAUAUUAGCCUCUUCUUUUGAAUUUCCUGCUAGAUAACUUAUAAAAACUUUACUAUUCUUUCUCCUACCCCCAUAAAUGCAAAUAAGUCUCCAAUUGUAUUUUCAAGGUGCUGGUGCAAUUUUUGUCUCUGUGUCGUUAUUGGAGUCCUCAAGCUGUGGCUUUUUUCUGUAGCUAUCACAUUUCUUCUAUGCCAAAAAUUUGAAAGAAUCUAUUGGGAUACCCUAGGUACUGCAAAAGAAACAUAGCUAUGGAAGUGGAAGGCCUUUUUUUUUCCCCAAGGGACAACUACUGAUUUAUUUCAGUGGUCAAUUCAAAAAUAGUUCAAUCUCUGACAAUUUCUCCAAACUGAAGACCUGAGAGACCUAAAUAGGCAAAGAUGCUUGGUAUCCCCAUCAAUGAAGGACAGCUGACCUAGGGCACAACCAUGUUUUAAUCUGUCCUUUAAUCAUUUAAGUGUAUGUAUUAUGGGGUAGGGUGGUAAUCUAUUUAUGUUUUAGCUUUAGAGGUUGAUAAUUCACAUAGGCCAGUAUUGAGAAAUGAGUGUCCUCUUCCUUCUCUCCACCCUACUCCCUAAAAUUCUAUGCAUAACCUACAUAUAAUUCUACCCAUACCAAAACAUGCAAGGGUGGGCCUGUAUUUUUAUUAUUGUCUAGCCUUUUUGAUUCAUGAUUUGUUCUUCAGUAUAAUGUAUGCACCUUCCUUCUUGUUUUUAAUAUCUUUAUUGAUAUAUUUUGUUGUGAUAUGACCACUUGCUGAUAAAUAUCUCCAAUAGUACCUUCCCUUAAGCUAUUGUAAACAAAACUGCCUGAAUUAGAAAUUGUGUCUGAUAGAACAUGGGAUAUUCUUUUAAAAGUUACUAUCUAUUAACAAAGAUGAAUGAAUUAUAUUAACAGUGAUUUAGAACCAUAAUUGUUCAUUAUAUGUGAUUUGAAUUUUCUUGUCUUGAUUCACAUUAUUGUAGUCACUGUGUAUAUUGUUCUCUUGUCUCCCAUCUUUGUUUACAUCCAUUCACAAGAGUUUCCCAUGUUUCUAAAUUCUUCUUAUCUGUUUUUCCUUGUGCCAUUAAUGUGGGCACAUUAUUUGCUUUAGCAUUUUGCUGCUACUAAAAAUGUAGUCAUAACUAUUUUUGCACAGAUGAGAACUUUCUGUCAACCUUACUGAGUAUUAAUCCCUAUGUGGGAUGGCUGAAUCAAAGGUUAUGAAGAGUUUAUUAACUUCUCAUGUAAUUCUAAAUUGUUUUCUAAAACAGUUAAACCAAUGCAGUUCUAUCAACUAUGCAUUACUGUACCUAUCUUUCCACUGCCUCAUUAAUACAUUAUAUUUAUCUUUGCCAAUAUGAUAGAUUUGCAAUGAUACUCUCAUAAUUUUCAUUUACAUGUAUUUAUAUGAAUAAGUUAGAGCAUUUUUGUAUGAUUGUUGAUAGUUUGUAUUUCCCCUGUUGAACAUUGUUCAUAUAUAUUGACCACUCUUCUAUUGGACAAUGGAUCUUACUCUCAGUAUGUGUUUCAAUUUCCUAUAGAUUUGGGAUAUAAGCUUUUAAUCAUAAAUGUUUGCUACAAAGACAUUUCCCUCAAUCCAUAACUUGUUAUUUUAGCUGCAUUGUUGUGUUUGUGCAAAGGUCUGAAUAAACUAUGGGGCACCAUUUUUUCAAUGGUUUCUGAAAAUUUCAAAGGGGAAACUGUGAUCACUAAAAGCAAACAUGAAGUACAAUACUUCCUUUUUUGACAAGGGUAAUAGACUGAUAGAAAUCAAGGGAAAGAGUAAAUAGAUUUCAAAACACAAGUCUAAACAAUAAUAGAUGGCCUUAGAGAGCUGGUUGACUAAUAACAAUCUAAAAUUCUAGUUAAUAAUGUUCAUUAUGUUCAUGUUAAUAAUGAGCAUUAAGAUAAAGAAUAGUUAUUUAUAGACUAAUGUCAAAUUGAAACCUACAGCUCUGGAGUUCAGUACUCCUGGAAUUCUGUUCUUGUUAAAUAUUGUCACCAAUAACUUAGAUGAAGUUAUAAAUCUGCAUGAUGAUACAAAACUGGAAGUAAAGUUAACUCACUGGAUAAUAGAGAAAAGGUUCAAUGUGGUCUUAAACACCGAGUUGAAUCUGUUAAGAUCAAAUUUCUUAAAUAGGCAUGACUAAAAAAGGCAGCAUAGCAUAGGAAAUAGAGGGAGGGCUAACAUCUGAGUUAGAAAAAGCUAGUGUAAGUCCCACUUCUCAUACAAUUGGCUCUGUGACCACAGGGAAAGCAUCUAACUUAUCAGUGGCCCAGGCCGUUCCCUAAGUGGCAGGGGUUUCCAGAAAGCUUUAGUAACAUUUCUUACAUAGAGUUCUAUGUGGCAGAGAAAAGACACAACUUUACCAGGACAAAGUUUGUAACAAAAAGAUUAUGAGGUUUUAACAGACUGCCAGCUGGAGAUAAGGCAGUGGUGCAAGGCAGCAGCCAAACCUACUACAUUAUUGGAGAGGCACGAUAAAGUGGCCGUGCUGUCCCAUUGUAUGCUGUCCUCCUCAGACCACAUUUGUAGCAUUGUGUUCAUUGAUGACUACCACAUUUUAAGCAGGUUUUAGAAACAUGAAAAGCAUCCAGAGAAGAAGGACUGUGAUGAUGAAGAGCCUCCAGUUCACGCCUCGAGGGACAACAGAAGACACCAAGGAUGCCCAUCCUAAGGAAAAGAAGACUAAAGGGGAAAUGGAUUGGGAACUAAAUGGCUGUUUACAAGUAUUUGAAGGAAGGUUUGUCAUUUCAAAAAUAGAUUAGACUGGUAUAGCAAAGCCCCUGGAUAUUUAACAAGGAGAAAUGGGUGGAAGUUUCAAAGAGGUCAAUUUAGGCCCAAAGUAAAAACAAAAAACUUCCUCUUAAUGUUAUAAUAAAGGAGAAUUCCUGUGGCAGUAGUAGAUUCCCUUUCACAUGAGCUCUUCAAACAAAGGCUUGAUGGGCAUUUGUCAGGGAUAUUGUGAAAGGAAGCUUUGUUUAGUUGUACUAGAAAGAACCAUUUCCACUCCUGUUAUUCUACAAUUCUGCUUCUCCAUAGAAAAUCCUUCUGCUUGCAGGAAGUUGGUUGGGAUGACAGAAUAGUUUAACCCCCUGUCUUCACCAGAAGGCCAAAUCUAGGCUAAUCUGUAGGUAAAUUUGUUAUCACUUAAAAGCAAUGGUUCCCCAUAGUUUUAGGGUGGGAUAGUCACCAGAACUGUAUUAAUGGUACUUCAUAAGGGUUUCUAAGGGACUAGGCAUGCAUAGACAUAUGCCAGGCACUGCUACCUACUGGUGAAAGAGAGAUUGUUAAAUGGUAGAAUUUCCUGCAUGAUGAUAAAAAAAAUAGUGUGGAAAAAGUAAAAACAUUAAUACGAAAACACUGAUAGAAUGGGACAAGAUAAUAUAUAUAUUUGUUGGGGUCCUCAAGGUCAGAACUGAAUGGCAUAUUAGAGGAUGGGGGCACUGUAUUGUUUGUAUUUGUAUUCCAUUAUAAUUAAAGAAUCUGAGUUACAUGAAUAGCAAAAGGUCAUUUAUUUUUAAACUGCCACCCAAACUACUUAGAGAGAGGUCAAUUAAGCAGCCAGUCUUUGGGGUAUACAUUUUUUAUUCUGUGUAAUUGCUGGAUAAUUUUACUAGUGAAAACUUGUUUCCUGUUUGCCAUUUCUGUACAUAUAUCAUUUCACUUGCAAGACAUUUAAACAAAGAUUUGUAUUCCUCAGCCAAUAUUCAUUGUGAUUUGGCAAGGGCUUCAUCUCUCAUGUUUGGAAUCCUAAUAUAAAUCCAAUAUCCAUAUGAUAUGUAGAAAACAUAGAUAUAUAGUGCAAUAAUCUGUUCAGCUCAGUAUGCUUGUCAGAGAUCAGAACAAGAACCUAUUUCAUUUAUCUGUAUUGUUUGGGGUUUAUAUCAUUGCUUUGAUUAUAAAAUAUUUCUUAAAAAUAA